AUGGAAUUCGAUCCUAAGACCCCCCAGUACCUCACCUCCGACAAGACGAGCUUCGCCUCGAUCUCGGCCAACGAGCGGUGGCCUGUUAUCAUCACUGGCGCCAUUGAUGACCUUCACCGCACUGUUGUAGGUGUCAAUGACGAUGAGAAAGCCAACGAAGGCAAAAACAUUAUUGCCAAUCUGGCCAAGUUGAAGUAUGAGCUUCAGCAUAACCGACAACUGACUCCCCUGGAUGACGACGGACACCCAGAUAUCGCCUCGUAUAACAAGGAGCUAGAGGAGCGCGGAAACCCCCACUGGCACAAUGUGUCCUGGCUUUAUUCAGAGUGUUACCUCUACCGCCGCAUAGAAGCCCUCUUCGCGCUGUCCAAGCAUUGGAAGGGCUACGACGUGUUCGCCCGCCAGAAGAUGGACACAUUCAAGUCAUCCCGUCCCGCGGUACUAGAACUCGCUGCGAGAUACCGUGAAUUAGCGAUAGAUGCAGAGUCAGGGAAAGCACGAGAAAACAAGUCACCAGAGGAAAGCGAGGAGGCAGAGAAGCUUCUUUUCUCAGAGAUGUGCGAGAUCUGCCUCUGGGGUAAUGCCACUGAUCUGUCGCUUCUGACAUCUCUCACCUAUGAGGAUAUCCAGAAACUGCAAGGCUCCGAGGCACGCAAAGCAUCGCAGAAGAACAUCAUUGUUAAUGACCUCGAUGCUGCUUUCGAGGCAAUGCAAAAGGCGCGGAGAGAGAAGAAAGAUGGCGAGCGCCGCGUCGACAUCGUCUUAGACAACUCUGGAUUCGAGUUAUUCGUUGACCUAAUUCUCGGUGGAUACUUGCUAUCCACCGGACUGGCGACCAGCGUCGUGCUUCACCCCAAGCGCCUGCCAUGGUUUGUUUCGGAUGUUACGCCGAAGGAUUUCUCCGAUCUGCUCAACAACAUUCCCCCUCUUUCCGAGAAGGAGGUUUCCGACGUGAAAUUCCUCUUUGAGCAGUGGAGUCAGUUCCAUCAGGAUGGUAAGCUGAUUCUGCGUCCACACGCUUUCUGGACCACCCAGGGCGGCUACUGGCGCAUGCCAUUUGUGGCACCAGAGCUGUUCGAAGAUCUGAAGGAGAGCGAGCUUGUUUUGUUUAAGGGCGACCUGAACUAUCGAAAGUUGGUCAACGAUGCUGAAUGGGAUCCCACCACCCCCUUUACAGAAGCCAUCGGCCCGCUUGGCCCCAAGUCCGGGAUCCGUGUUCUAGCCUUCCGCACUUGCAAGGCUGAUACCGUUGUCGGUCUGCCCUCUGGUAUGGACGAGAAACUCCGCGCACUGCCUGGAGGCGGUGGCUCGGAGUCUCGCAAGUGGGCCUGGAGUGGAAAAUGGGCUGUUGUGUCGCUUUCUGACGGCAAGGCCUGA